UUGUUCUGUCUCUCUCUGUAUCCCCCCAUAUUGUCUCCCUUUCCAUCUUCAUCCACUCUUCCUUCAACCACGAACCUGUUUUUGUUUUUUUGUUCACAAAUAGAAGCCGUUUAUGCGCCAUCCCACCCUGCAAAAACCCUUAUUUUCUAAUUUCUGGGGAUUCUUUUCGGUCUUACAUUCAUCCAAAAAAGCUUCAAUCUUUGUCCCGGCGUUGAUAUAGGGAAAAAAGUCGGGAGCUUUUGGAAUUUGGGGUUCUGGAAAUAUUAUGCAUGAUAAUAACGAGCGAGGAGGAGGGGGAGGACCGUUGGAUCGGAAGCGCGUAAACGAUGCCCUCGACAAGCAUCUAGACAAGUCUACCCCAUCCACUUCGAGGGGAUUAAGGAAUGGCAAAGACAAAGGCGGACACUCUGUUCCUUCAACUUCCGCCGGUAGAUCCCACCUUUCUCAUCGCGAGUCGCGUUCCAAAGCCGAUGAGGAAUCUGAAACUGACAGCGAAGAGUCCGAUAUCAGUGCUUCCGAUGGUGAUGACGUGUCUUGGAUCUCGUGGUUUUGUGGUUUGCGAGGCAAUGAGUUUUUUUGUGAAGUUGAUGAAGAAUACAUCCAAGAUGACUUUAAUCUUUGCGGGUUGAGCGGUCAAGUUCCAUAUUAUGAAUACGCUCUUGAUUUGAUGUUGAAUGUUGAAUCUUCACAUAGCGACAUGUUCACCGAAGAACAGAAUGAAUUGAUUGAAUCGGCUGCUGAGAUGUUAUAUGGUCUUAUACACGUACGUUACAUAUUAACUAGCAAGGGAAUGUCUGCUAUGUUGGAGAAAUACAGAAACUACGAUUUUGGAAGAUUCCCUAGAGUUUAUUGCUGUGGACAAUCUUGCCUUCCAGUUGGUCAAUCCGAUAUUCCCCGUUCGAGUACUGUGAAAAUCUAUUGUCCAAAGUGUGAAGAUAUAUAUUACCCUAGAUCCAAAUAUCAAGGCAAUAACGAUGGAGCUUACUUUGGGACGACAUUUCCGCAUCUAUUCCAGAUGACUUAUCUGCACCUAAAGCCACAAAAGCCGAUGCAAAAAUACGUCCCCAGAGUUUUCGGCUUCAAGAUCCACAAGCCCUGAACCGAUGUAUAUCAAGAGUUCAUCUUUCAUAUUGCUGGUUUGCAGAGGCAAAUGACUUGAGCUUUGGUGCUUCUUACAAAUGCAAUGGGAUGCCCUGCGGUGUGAGGUGAAGCGGGGUUCCAACUGCGACGGUUGUCACGAUAGACAUGCUGAUAUAAAAACGACCUAUUUCGAAAUACGACUUGUUAGUUGCUGAGCACAAA